AUGACAAUGCCUGCAGUUGUACCUUGGCGAGAAAGUGGCCGUGGCCAGUUACUGAACCUCUCAGCACCUCAGUUCCUCACCUGGGGACACCCUCUGGACACCCCGCACCUGCCCCAGGACCUGCCUGCAGGACUCUCAGCAAAUAUCAAUAUCACAUUCUUCAAUGGGAUGUUUAAAAACGUGGAAAGCGUGGCUGAAAUUUUUGACUGCCUGGGCUCCCACUUCACCUGGCUGGAAGCUGUCUUCACCAACUUCCCCAUUCUGCUUCAAUUUGUGAACGGUAUGAAGUGCGUGGCUGACCUCUGCCCCCGGGACCUGAAAGACUAUGGCUGUGCCUGCAGGUUUGAGAUGGAAGGUCUGCCUGUGGAUGAGUCUGACAGCUGCUGCUUCCAGCACCGGAAGUGCUACGAGGACGCCGCUGAGACGGACUGCCUCCAGGACCCCACCAAGCUUCCCAUGGAGGUCAACUGCAUCAGCAGGAGCAUCACGUGUGAGUCCCAGGACACUUGUGAGCACCUCCUGUGCACCUGUGACAAAGCUGCCAUAGAGUGCUUGGCUCAUUCCAGCAUCAACUCCUCUCUCAACCACCUGGACCCCUCUUUCUGUCUGACUCAGACUCCAGAGACAACCAGCAGGAAAGAACUGACGACUCUUCUGCCCAGAGUGGUUCCCGAGGAGCCCACAGACCCCAGCCUGACAGCCCUCUCAGGAGAAGUGACUGGGGAGGCCAGAGCUGACGGACUGACCACUCUCUCGAGGACGAAACCAGGCCGAGAUCUGGAAGUCAUAGGAGCUGCUAGGGCCACACCCCCUCCAGGAUCUGCGGAGCUUGCUGCCACAGCUAAAGGUGUCACCAUUGUCCCCCCCAGCAUUAAAUCUUUGGGGAUGGAUGUGCCAUCUCUCAAAAGUGGUCCUGAGGUGACAACGGGACAAGCCUGUGGCAGGUUCACUUUCCUGCACCUGGGAAGCGGGGACCACACACAGGUGAUGCCACAGCUUGGGGAGAUGCUUUUUUGCCUGACGUCCCAGUGCCCGGAGGAGUUUGAAUCUUACGGCUGCUACUGUGGGCAGGAGGGACUAGGUGACCCAAGGGAUGCCCUGGACUGGUGCUGCUGGUCCCACCACUGCUGCCUGGAGCAGGUGAAGACGCUGGGCUGUCUGCUCGACAGGCCUCCUCGGUCCCAGGUGGCAUGCCUGGAUCGUACACCCAAGUGUGUAGGGCAGAGCCUCUGUGAGAAGCUUCUGUGUGCCUGUGACCAGACGGCAGCUGAGUGCAUGACCUCCACCUUCUUUAACCAAAGCCUCAAGUCAUUAAGCCGAAAGGAGUGCCAGGGCCACCAGGUGCCGUGCGAGAACAGCAUGCAUGGAGGGCCUUCGGCGUCUUCCCUUGGCUCCAGCUCCGAGGAGAACAGUUAG